AUGGAUCGGUUCAAGAUGGUAUUACAGUACUUCCAAUCCAACUCCGAGUCAGUCAUGAAUGGGAUUUGUGGACUUUUAGCUUUGGCCAGUGUUAAAAUCUACAGUUCUCUAGAUUUUAAUUGCCCAUGCCUUCCCAGAUACAACAUGAUAUAUGGCAUGGGGAUUAUGUUUGUGCCUCCCGUUGCCCUUUUUCUUUGUGGUCUUAUAGUGAACAGACAAUCGGUAAUCAUGAUGGAAGAGUGGAUGAGACCGGCUGGCAGAAGAAAGAAAGACCUGGCAAUUGUGAAAUAUUUGUGUACCUCAGUCUUCACACGCGCCAUGGUUGCUCCGGUGGUCUGGAUUCUGACUACACUCUUGGAUGGAAAAUGUUUCGUCUGUGCGUUUAGUGGUUCUGUGGACCCAGACAAAUUCCCAGGCUUUGCAAAUAACACUUCAUCAGAAUUGCAAAUCUUGCUCUAUAAGGUAUCCUGUAAGGAUGACGUCAUGAUCAGGAACAACACUUCCAGAAAAGCUGUUUCAAGAUACUUAAAAUGCUGGUCACAGGCUUUAGGAUGGAGUAUCCUCUUGUGCCUUAUUAUCUUGGCAUUCCUUGCCCGAACCCUCAAGCCCUGCUUUGAUCAAACAUCUUUUCUACAAACUCGCUAUUGGAGUAACUACAUUGACAUUGAGCAGAAGAUCUUUGAUGAGACUUGCUGUGAACACGCAAGAGACUUUGCCCACAAAUGCAUUCUCCAUUUCUUCCAAAGCAUGCACGAUGAGAUGAAGACCGCUCACAUGAUAAAAAAGACUGAGGAGGAGGAGGAGGACAAUCUUCGUGGAAUCACUGACCAUGAGCAAGUGAACAAACUCUUGAAGUCUUGGUAUCAAAGUAGACCUCCAUUGUCUUUAAAUCUCCCUACACAUCGACAACAUGUAAAAGGAAAAAGCAAUGGCUAUUUGGAUGGCAAUAAUGGCAAACAAACAGAUGUAUAA